CAAGAUGAAGACAGAGCGAGCGGGCGACCUACGGGCUCUGAGCUGCCCAACUCUCCAUCACCUACUAUGGCUGCUGGCCGUCUAUACAGAUGUAGUUGAGGUUGUGAACAUCACCAGUCACAUCCAGCACAUCCAUGGAACCUAUGGGAAAUCAGCCCUGCUGUCGGUUCAGUACAGCAGCUCCAGCAGUGACAAACCAGUGGUCAAGUGGCAAGUGAGGAGAGAGAAACCCAUCACUGUAGUGCAGUCUGUUGGCACCGAUAUUAUUGGGAAUUUGCGCCCGGAUUACAAGGAUCGGAUACAGAUCUAUGAAAAUGGCUCACUCCUGAUCAGUAACCUGCUUCUGUCUGAUGAGGGGAUGUAUGAGGUGGAGGUCUCUAUAACGGAUGACACGUUCACCGGAGAAAAAUCCAUCAAUCUCACUGUGGACGUUCCUGUAUCUAAGCCUCGGGUGUCCACUCCUUCAUCUACUGUCUUGGAGCUGACAGAGAACUUCACCAUGAGCUGUGUCCAUGAUAAUGGGACUAAACCACUUUACACCUGGCUGAAGGCUGGGAAGACAUUGACUAAUGACUCCAGGAUUCUCUUGUCCCCUGACCGUCGAGUGAUGACCAUCACCAGAGUCGGAAUAUCUGAUGAUGACAUUUAUAAUUGCCUGGUGGAGAAUCCAGUCAGCAGUGGCCGUAGCGCUCCUAUAAAACUAACUGUUUACAGAAGAAGUUCUUUGUACAUCGUCCUGUCCAUCGGGGGGAUAUUUCUGCUUGUUACAUUGGUCACCGUCUGCGCUUGUUGGAAGCCAUCCAGGAAGGAGAAGCACAAGCUGGAGGCACAGGCAUCAUGUGAAUAUGCAGACCAGGAUCUCCUGAAACAUGAAGUUGAAGUUACUGCACGGACCAUGGAACGAGAGAACAAAAGUCCUGUGACUUUGUACAUCUUAAAGGAUAAGGAAUCUACAGAAGUGGAGGAAGACUCUCCUACAGAAUCAAGGACUGCAUCUGACGCAUCUGGGUCCCCCAGUUACACAAGGAGCAGAUUCCCUGGCCACAGGUACCACCACUCUCCAGUGAGGUCACCACCUGUCAGUAGAGACAAUGGAUCUCCACCCAAAUCUGACGGACCUCGAAGUACUGCCCGGUCACUGCGAACAGCUGGGGUGCACGUUAUCCGUGAACAAGACGAAGAAUGUGCGGUGCAGAGUAACACCUGAGAUGCACAAGAACUGAGGGGGAAGGGGC